AGCUUCUACUAGUAGUAGUGUACUACAUGCUGUGAAUGAAGAGAAGCACGAACAUCGAAUUCCGUUCAACUGAUUCCAGCAAGUCGGGAAUAGAAGUUUGAAUUCUGUAGACCAGAGGUACAGUAGAGUGAGUAGAGAGCUAGCUAGAGCCUACACUAGCCUACAGGGAUUGCUGUGAGCAGUUCGUAUUGCUUUGCCAACUACUGCAUACCGGUAUCAGUAUCACCCUAAAGCCAAAAUAGGAACUCCGAUAUUUUGAAAGAAACCAGUAUACUACUAGUAGGCGAAGGAAGGAAAAGGGCGGUCCACGCGGCAACCAUGAGCAAGGACAACAUGGAGGGUGCUAAUAAUGGCGGAGAGUCCAAGACCACGACUGAUAUCACUGUAGCUGAUGCACUAGCACCGGUCAACGGCACUGCUGAUGAUGCCGAGGGGGACAGCAAACAAGCAUCAGCAUCAUCCAGCAGAGCUGCCAAGUCCAGAGCUAGUCCGAAGAAGACCAAGUCCAGUGCGUCCAUCAAAUCACGAGCUACACCUCCGCCGAAAUUGCGCCGCCGUCUGUCAGCCAAGGAUAGCGAUGUAUCGGAUUCGGAUGGCGGCGGCGAAGCGGGGGAGAAGGUGGAAGACAAGGCAGGCACUUCUGGUGAGGCGGGAAUGCCGUUGAGCGAAGAUAUGCUACCUGUGGCAGUGAGUGGCAUUGUGGAAGAAACACCAUCAACAAUCAAGCUACUUGAGAGUCAGGUCAUGGAGAAAUCCAGCACAGCUGCUGGAGACGGAGUUAGCGCAACAUCAGUGAAGAGUGAAGUAGGAACAGCAGCAGCAGCAGCAGAGAGAAACAGUGCCGGUGCUAAUAGUCACCCUGGUUCAGCCACGAGUCAUAAGAUGCCGCAGCAAUACACUCACCACCAGCAGCAGCAGGAGCAACCUACUAAUGGACACCAUGCCCAGUCAGUCACCAGUCCACUGGAUGCGUUGCCAUCCAGUCCGACCCGGAGUCGUGUUUCAGCCUCCACCGCUGAGCCCACCACGUCCAGUGAUGCCAGAAUACAGAUGCACAGUCACAAUGCAGCUGCUGCUGGUGAUGACUCUUCUUCAGCAGCAGCGGCCGCCGCCGCUCGCUUUUCAAGACAUCAGUCACAGCCGCACGUGCAAAUCAAGGCCGGUGAUGCCCGCCAUCGCGGCGAUCAAUCCGUUGAGACAACGAAGACCAUGAGCCAGAUGGCCAAGGAGCGUCCGCUUGUACAGAAAGCGCAUUCGUACCGCUACGAGCCGCCAGCCACACCCCUACCCGAUGACUCAUUGUCAGAAACCAAGACUGAGCUGAUAAAGCGCGUACAGGGACAGUUGCAGCAGUGGGAGAAACAGCUGGACCACAUUCAGACUGGGAGAGAGCAGGCUGACAAGCAGCAUAAGCAUGAGCUGCGCAAAAGCAAGACACUGAUCCACGAGCUGAAAGUACAGAACGAUGAGAAAGAACGGCAACGUCGUCAACUGGAUGAGGAGAGAGCACGUCUAGCUGAACAACUGCUGAGUACAACUGAUGAUCUGGUGGACAGGGAAACGACGUUGGAACAGACUCAGGACCAGCUGAAGCAGUAUGAAGAAGCAUGUCAAGACUUGGAAGAGCAGAGGACAAGCUUAGAGACUGAAGUGGCUCAACUGGACGACGAGCUGCAACAGAACGAGGUGCUUAGAAGGCGGCUCAACGAGCAAGUCACCCAACUGCAAGGACAGCUGGCUAUCGAAGAGCAGCGCAGUCGCUUCUGCAUUCUACUAUAAGGGCAUCACUGGGGCUAGAGAGCACAUAGCCACGAAGCAUUGCCAGUGAACAGACUAGACUUAGCUCAGUGAUCUGGUACGGUGUGACUCAUGCCAGCACAUCCCCAGCUACGCUUUUGAACGCUGCAUUCUCUAUACUGUCUGCUGCAGUGUUGCUGCUAAGAAUACUCUCUGCUGCAGUGUUGCUGCUAAGCUAUCUCUAUACUCUCUGCUGCAGUGAAUAUUUCGGAAUAGUAUAAGGCUAUAAGCCCGGGAGAAGCUUUCUUACAAACCAAUUGACGACGUUGAUGAGCAAGCAGAGUGUACGAUGCCUCUACUUACAAGUACAACUUGUAGUAAAUUACUAGUAUGCAAUUUUGAAUUUUAGUACUUGAAGUAUUCGCCAUUCCAAAAUUGAUUCUUUUUUUAAGCGUGAGUCAAUACUGAAUAGUGAGUGA